AUGGAUCUACCCUCAUUCAAAUUGGAAGGCACCAGCGAUGAGCGGCAACAACGAUUGAGCAGCUUGUUGCAGUUUGUACAAAAGCGAUCGCAAGAAAAGCGGGAGAAGGAUCUUUUGGGUGAAGACGUCAACGAUCAACAAGAGGAGAAUGUAGAAGAGGAGCAAUCGACACCAGCAGCAGCAACAGGAGGAGGAGGAGGAUCGCAACCGCCAAAGACAAAGACAAAGACGACAGCAACCAAACAACGUAUACCACGACAAGCAUUGCUUCCUCGAUACCAGUUUGCAGCCGACACCUCGAUCCCUACGCUUGACAUGAAGUUGAGACCUGACAUUGAAGUGCGACCUUACCAAGAAGAGGCAUUGAAUGCCAUUGUUGAACCUGAGUCGAUGGGUGAGGCACGAUCGGCACAGAGUGGCAUUAUUGUACUUCCUUGUGGAGCUGGCAAGACGCUUACAUCCAUUUUGGUGGCCUGCGCAGUACAGAAACCAGUAUUGGUUGUAUGCUCGACGAUCAUAUCGGCCGAACAGUUUCAAAAAGAGUUUUUGCGAUUCACGACAUUGAUGGCAUCCAGGACGGGUAUGUUUGCUGGCAACAAGAAAUGGCCCUUUAAUGGACCUGCAGGCGUCCUUUUUACCACCUACACCAUGUUGGUUGACAACAAGAAUCGAUCCGCUGACAGUAAACGCAUGGCAAAGUUCAUCAACAAUACAAAAUGGGGCGUCGUCAUUCUCGAUGAAGUCCACUGUGUACCAGCAUACAACUUUAGCAAAGCCAUUGCAAGUAUUGACACCAAAGUACGCUUGGGUUUGACAGCAACCAUGUUGCGUGAGGAUGAACGUAUUGGUGAUUUGGAGGAAUUGGUGGGCCCUACCUUGUAUCAUGCGAAAUGGAAAGAGCUUGCCGAUCGAGGAUACAUUGCCAAGGUGAUUUGUACACAAGUCGAAUGUGCCAUGGUGCCACGUGUAUUGGAAGCUUACAAGGAAUUGGGAGGUAGCAACAACAAUUCGGGUGGUUCUAUCUUGGGUCGCACACAUCACCUCAAGAGUCUUUUAUCCAUCUUGAAUCCCAAAAAGAUGCAGCUAUGCCAACGACUUGUACAAUACCAUGAGGCACGAGGGGACAAGGUACUCGUCUUUUGCGAUCACAUUGAUGCUCUCAAGUUGUACGCUGAAAAGCUUGACAGGCCUUGCAUUAGUGGUGCCACACCUCCUGACACAGCACGUGAUUUGCUUAAGCGGUUCCAGAUUGAGGUGCCCAAACUCAAGGCGGAUGCUAGUUGGUCAGACCUUGCAAAGAAACGACGACUCGAUGCACAAGCUGUCAACACAUUGCUAUUAUCACGUAUCGGUGACACAUCACUCGACCUUCCUGCUGCUACAGUUCUCAUUCAAGUGUCCUCUCAUUUUGGUUCAAGACGGCAAGAAGCACAACGUCUCGGUCGUAUUUUGCGUGCAAAGAAUCGAUCUGAAAAAGGUUUCUAUUCCCGCUUCUACACCUUGGUCACGGACGAUACGCAUGAAACAGCAUUCUCAGAAAAACGUCGUCGUUUCUUGGAAGAGGAUUGUGGCUAUGGAUAUCAAAUUUGGCAUGUGGGUGAUGAAAAUUCAGAGGUGGGAGGUUGGGAGGUGACUUGUACUGGUGAUACUUUGCCCCCUGAAGAUGAUGAUGUGCAAACCGAGCCAAUCACUUGCAAUAUCCAAGGCGACUUUAGACGACCUUACGAAACUGAAGGUGAUCAUAAAACGCUGGUUGAUUUCGUUCUCAAUAUCAAAAAUGUCCAGGUGGAAGAAGAUGAAAGAGAAACUCCGGAGCCCACAUCAGCAAAGCGUAGAAAGGUAGCUAGUUGA